UUGAAAAGAAAGAAGGUUUGUUUCGUAAGAACAUGAUGGGUAAAAGGGUAAAUUAUGCUGCACGUUCUGUCAUAUCCCCCGAUCCCUACAUUAUGGUGGAUGAGAUAGGUAUUCCUGAUGUGUUUGCCAAAAAACUGACCUACCCACAGCCUGUAACGCCCUGGAAUGUACAGGUUCUUCGACAAGCUGUUAUUAAUGGGCCCAAUGUUCACCCUGGAGCUGUUUUGGUGCAGAACGAAGAUGGGUCAAUGGUCAAGUUGAGCCCUAAGGAUAAAUGUCAGAGAGAAGCGAUUGCAAAACGACUACUGACACCCUCCCAUUCCUUCCACAGUGGGUUACAAGGCUGCAAGAUCGUCUAUCGACACCUCCAGAAUGGAGAUGUUUUACUGCUGAAUCGACAGCCAACCCUACACAAGCCAAGUAUUAUGGCACACAGGGCACGUGUUCUUCCAAAAGAGAAAACUCUCCGUCUCCACUAUGCUAACUGUAAAAGCUACAAUGCUGACUUUGAUGGUGAUGAGAUGAAUGCCCAUUUCCCUCAAAGUGAGUUAGCCCGUUCUGAAGCCUACAACAUUGCCAGCGUGAACAACCAGUACUUAGUUCCAAAGGAUGGAACUCCACUCAGUGGACUGAUUCAGGAUCAUGUUAUAGCCGGUGUUCUACUGACCAUCAGAGGAAGAUACUUUACAAAGGAAGACUUUCAAGAACUUGUGUUUGGAGCAUUGACCUUUGUUCAGAAACCAAUCAAGCUCCUGCCCCCAACUAUCAUCAAACCAGCAGUACUGUGGUCCGGCAAGCAAGUAUGUUCAUAAUUUAA